AAUCCUGGCCUCAUGACGGUCUGCUAAACCUCAUUAUUGAGGGAUUGUUUUGUGUGGAUGUUCCGAUGGCAGAGAAGCACUGCCACGGCCUCCUACCCAGCAGAGCUGCUCCCCAGAGCCAGAGGGAUGGUGGUAGUCACGGGGCAGAACAAAGUGAGUGCCACCCCGGAUGAUGCCAUGUCGAGCUCGGAUGCAGAGGAUGAUUUCCAAGAGCCGGCCACUCCCACCGCCACCCAGGCAGGACAAGCGCUACCUCUGCUGCCUCAGCAGUUCCCAGAAGUUGUCCCACUGAACGUGGGGGGGAUGUUUUUCACCACCAGACUGUCCACGCUGCGCAGGUACGAGGACACCAUGCUGGCAGCCAUGUUCAGUGGCAGGCACUACAUCCCCACAGAUGCUGAGGGCAGGUACUUCAUCGACAGGGAUGGCACCUACUUUGGAGACAUACUAAACUUCCUACGAUCUGGUGACCUGCCCCCCCGAGAGCGAGUGAGGUCAGUGUACAAGGAAGCUCAGUAUUAUUCCAUAGGACCCUUGCUAGACAAUCUAGAGGAUAUCCAGCCUCUUAAAGGAGAAAAAGUUAGACAAGCUUUCCUGGGCCUAAUGCCAUAUUACAAAGACCACUUGGAGCGGAUAAUCGAGAUAGCCAAGCUGCGCGCCAUGCAGAGGAAGGCCAGGUUUGCCAAGCUGAAGGUGUGUGUGUUCAAGGAGGAGAUGCCCAUCACUCCCUACGAGUGCCCCCACUUCAACUCUCUGCGCUUCGAGCGCAGCGAGAGCGAGACCAAGCUCUUUGAGCACCACUGCGAGGUGGACGUGUCCUUCGGGCCCUGGGAGGCCGUGGCCGACGUCUACGACCUCCUGCACUGCAUUGUCACCGACCUGUCCGCCCGGGGCAUCACCGUGGACCACCAGUGCAUCGGCGUGUGCGACAAGCACCUCAUCAACCACUACUACUGCAAGCGCCCCAUCUACGAGUUCAAGAUCACCUGGUGGUGAGCUGGGCUGCCUGAGCAGGGCGUGAGGGGACUCCCAGAGGACAAAUGUUCUGCUGAAAUCGCCUGGUGGUGAGUGUGGUGGCACAGCCAGGGGUGAGAGGACUCCUAGAGGACAGAUGUUCUUGGCAGUUGCCUUGCUGCUCACCAUUCCUUGGGAUCAGCCUGCUGGCAGGGGUUGGGAAAACCUCUGGAAACUUGAAAAACCAGCCUGAAAUCAGACCGUUGGCUCAGGUACCUUAACGAGGCACAAAACAAAAUCACCUCAUGGAAAGGAUGGAGGGGAGUGGCUGAACAUCUGCUAAAAGGUGCCACCAACCAUGUGGCUUCAGGAUGGAAUUGCAGAUUUUUCCUGCGUUUUUGGGAA